ACCUAUGCUCCUUCCCUUCCUUGCAAUGGAUCCAUACGCACUUCAAGUGAUCCCGUAUCCAUGGACCCACCAGUACUCCCAGACAGAGACAGACCUCUGCCUUCACUACCUCGGGAGUUAUCUCAAAAAUCAUACCACAUCCCCUUUCCUACUCCGAAGGAAAGACGUACAUACCCAAACGAAUCACUACGGUCGGCCAGAAGGCCGAGCCUUGUUCAGGACCGUCCACCGCAGCUAGCUUCAUCCGUAGCCAAAGCAUUGGCAUGGAAAAGAAUGCAACGUGCUACCGUCCAUUCCCUCAAGCAGCCCCGCAUUCUCGCACGCUUUCUACAGUUCAUACCAUGGGCUGAUUUUUACGUCUUGUUAUCAACUUGCUCCGAUAUCAGGCAGCUCUGGGAUACUCGGGAUUUCAGAGAUGCCGUACUAUCCCAUUUUGUACCGGGCUACAGUUAUGCUCUUAAGCAUAGUGACCUCUCCAAGUGUCAAGAUUUGGACAUCUCCCUCCAAGACCUUGACCUCUUGCUUAUCUCACAACGAGUUCCCCCCCAUCAAUACCCAGUGCACGCACUCAGGAGCAUAUCGAGCCUACCGCCGAGCCGAGAUUAUGACGCAACCACCGCGAAAUUAACCCACAAGCUCGCCAUUCUCUGUCUCACUCACUCCCGAUUUGUACUACUUCUUCAAUCCCUCGUCCAUAGUUCUUCCCUCCCCCUACCUAUCGAUGAUGAUUCCCAGUUCCAACCUCAACGAUUUUCCUCAGUAUCCCCUACACUGCCUCAUGGCCUCCGCGAGCUCACAUUCCCUGCCCCUCUGUCAUUCGUAUCUGACGCAUCCGAAAAGGCUCCGCCAAGCGCCUAUCCCUCAGGUACUGCAUCAGAUCCGAGGCGGUCCACGAGUCGGGCCCGUGACCGCGCAAAUAGCAGCCAGAUAUCGCAUGACUCCAGGCUAAGAGGCCGAGACACUUCAAAACCCAGGACCUCUGCUGACAUCAAUCUGCCAAUCAACCGAAAGCAAAGGAAGCUUUCCAUAUUCGGCGCAAGAACCCCUCCGCCCCCUCCGCUGUCAGAGCCCCGGUCUCUCAAAUACUACGAUGCCAGAUGGCGGCGCACUAUUGCUGGUACACCACCCUCGGUGCCUACGCCACCGGGCACGUAUGCGAGUCAUCGGAAUUUUUUGUCAGAAGAUGAUAUCAGAAAAUCUGUAAUGCGUACCCACAGACGCACAGGAUCCAGUGAGAUGUCCAGUGCGUCAUCUUCGGUCAGUGGCAGUCCAUCCCCGCCAAUAUCUCGGAGAGGGGCGCAAGACGUUCUUGGACUCUCCACUAGUUCCCCACACGAGCUUCACACGGCAACCUCACGAACCCGGGCGCCCGUGCUGCGCGUAUUCGUGCCUUGCACAGGCCUCAUCCCCGCAGCAAUCUCAUUGUGCGAAGAACUGCUAAUUGACAACGGUCUUUGGGAACACCUGUCAACCGGGGAUAUCGUCUGUAACUUCGGCUACGUCCCUUCCACCCCCGAAUCGGACGAGAUAUCAUCAUCGUCACAAGAAUCCGACAGAAGCCCGCCACGCAAAUCAUGGCUGCUUUUUAACGGCCAUUCGCUUGUUCCCUUCCUCCCUCCUGCACCUCCGCCCGUCGAUGACCCCCUUAGCCUGCCAUCGCCGCUGUACUAUUCACAUCUCAUGCCUUCCCACGUUCAUCCCCUAUUCGCAUUCUCGCCCCCAGGCGGCUGUGGCGUCCCCGAACUUAAUCUCGUGCAAACAACAGAACGUGUCCGGUCACCACAGUCCCGUGGAGGGUGGGCCGCAGCGAAGAAACAUAUGUGGGUCGCACGUGCACGCGUCGGGAUGGGCUUUGUCGACGUCGACGAUGGGCUUGGUGAAGGCUGGCGAGGUGAGUGGGUCCUCGAGACGGAGGGCACGCGUGAGGGGAGACAAACACUCGUGGAUUGUCUGUCAGGGGAUGCAGGCGAGGUUUUCGUGUGGGAAUUUGUGAGGGAGAAGAGCGGUGGCAGGCGAAUAUGGCUAAAGUGAGUGUUAUUGUAUUCAUUUGAUUGGAUGGAUAGGGGUGCUGAUUGCGUUUACAAGGCUUGUACGGCCGCUACAACCUCCUUCGGGCUCGGUGAGGGACCUUCGUAUAUUACGGUCUUGAGGACUUUCAUAGCUGUUUAGAGAACAGUCUUACUUUUACUGUAUUCGCCAUUUACACCAUCACUACGCCGGACGCUGCACAACAUUGGUUCUAUUUCUACAUUCUGACUUUUUCACAGCGGCCGUUGCACGGAUAUUUGUCGUGUAUUUGUAGAGUAUCUGUAACUGUCAUCAGCUGUCACAUGCACUGCUGCUUAUCUACGUCGCCGU